CCUGUUUUGUUCCGUUUCCGGGGAAAUGUAUGGGGUCCUGUGUGAGUUCUUCAUGAGACAGUAAAGGCUGGAAGAUACCCAGGCUGGCAGCUUCCUUCCCGACCGUGUCAGAGAGUUGGAGCAGCCUGUUAGGGAAGUGCAUCUAGUUCACCGCUGCUCGGAGCGGUCCUUUCCUUCCCCCUGGAGCGGAGCGAUAGUGCUGCUAUGGCGGCCCCUGCUCAACCCAAGAAAAUCGUGGCUCCAACUGUGUCCCAGAUGAACGCGGAGUUCGUGACCCAGUUAGCAUGUAAAUACUGGGCUCCCCAUAUCAAGAAAAAAUCACCUUUUGAUAUAAAGGUCAUUGAAGAGAUAUAUGAGAAAGAGAUUGUCAAAUCAAGGUUUGCCAUCAGAAAGAUAAUGCUGUUGGAAUUUAGCCAGUAUCUUGAAAAUUACCUCUGGAUGAAUUAUUCUCCAGAGGUGUCCAGCAAAGCCUACUUAAUGUCAAUCUGCUGUAUGGUGAAUGAGAAGUUCAGAGAAAAUGUCCCUGCAUGGGAGACUUUUAAGAAGAAGCCAGACCACUUCCCAUUUUUUUUUAAGUGCAUCUUGAGGGCAGCAUUAGCUGAAACUGAUGGUGAAUUUUCACUCCAUGAACAGACAGUCUUACUGCUUUUUCUUGAUCAUUGCUUCAAUAGCUUGGAAGUGGACUUGAUACGGAGCCAAGUACAGCAACUUAUCUCCCUCCCAAUGUGGAUGGGCUUACAGCCUGCACGAUUGGAAUUAGAAUUAAAAAAGACACCUAAGCUAAGAAAAUUCUGGAACUUGAUUAAAAAGAAUGAUGAAAAGAUGGAUCCAGAAGCAAGAGAACAAGCCUAUCAAGAAAGAAGGUUUCUUUCACAACUCAUCCAGAAAUUUAUCUCUGUGCUGAAAUCAGUCCCACUUUCUGAACCUGUCACUAUGGACAAAGUUCAUUACUGUGAAAGAUUCAUUGAACUUAUGAUUGAUCUAGAGGCUUUGCUCCCUACAAGACGCUGGUUUAAUACUAUCCUGGAUGACUCCCACCUUUUGGUUCACUGUUACCUUUCCAAUCUUGUCCAUAGAGAAGAGGAUGGCCAUCUUUUCUCCCAGCUUUUGGACAUGCUCAAGUUCUAUACUGGUUUUGAGAUUAAUGACCAGACUGGAAAUGCUCUGACAGAGAAUGAGAUGACUACAAUUCACUAUGAUAGAAUUACUUCUCUACAGAGAGCUGCUUUUGCACAUUUCCCUGAACUCUAUGAUUUUGCUCUCUCAAAUGUGGCAGAAGUAGACACUCGAGAAUCCUUGGUCAAGUUUUUUGGGCCUCUUAGUUCAAAUACACUCCACCAGGUGGCAUCAUACCUCUGCUUGUUACCAACUCUUCCUAAAAAUGAAGAGACAAGUUUAGAUAAAGAAUUUCUUCUGGAAUUGCUGGUUUCUCGUCAUGAGCGUCGGAUUUCUCAGAUUCAGCAACUGAACCAGAUGCCUUUGUAUCCAACUGAGAAAAUCAUAUGGGAUGAAAAUAUUGUCCCAACUGAGUACUAUUCCGGAGAAGGUUGUCUUGCUCUUCCCAAGUUAAAUUUGCAGUUUUUGACUCUUCAUGAUUACCUCCUAAGGAACUUUAAUCUCUUCCGCUUAGAAUCAACUUAUGAAAUCAGGCAGGACAUCGAGGAUAGUGUCAGCAGAAUGAAGCCAUGGCAAUCUGAGUAUGGUGGUGUAGUGUUUGGCGGCUGGGCGCGGAUGGCCCAGCCCAUUGUGGCUUUCACUGUAGUUGAGGUUGCCAAACCCAACAUAGGUGAAAACUGGCCCACCCGAGUUCGUGCAGAUGUUACCAUCAAUCUGAAUGUCAGAGAUCACAUCAAAGAUGAAUGGGAAGGACUUCGUAAGCAUGAUGUAUGCUUUUUAAUUACCGUACGUCCUACAAAACCUUAUGGUACCAAGUUUGACCGAAGGAGACCUUUUAUUGAGCAGAUUGGCCUGGUUUAUGUCAGAGGCUGUGAAAUCCAGGGCAUGCUCGAUGAUAAAGGGCGUGUCAUUGAAGAUGGACCUGAACCCAGACCCAAUCUUAGAGGAGAGUCAAGGACAUUCAGAGUAUUUUUGGAUCCAAACCAGUAUCAACAAGAUAUGACCAAUACUAUACAAAAUGGAGCAGAAGAUGUUUAUGAAACUUUCAAUAUAAUAAUGAGGAGAAAACCAAAGGAAAAUAACUUUAAGGCUGUGCUGGAGACUAUUCGGAACCUGAUGAAUACUGAUUGUGUGGUACCUGACUGGCUUCAUGACAUCAUUUUAGGUUAUGGGGAUCCAAGUAGUGCACAUUAUUCAAAAAUGCCCAAUCAGAUCGCCACUCUUGAUUUCAACGAUACAUUUCUUUCCAUUGAGCAUUUAAAAGUCAGCUUUCCUGGUCAUAAUGUUAAAGUAACUGUGGAUGACCCAGCACUACAGAUACCCCCUUUCAGGAUAACUUUUCCAGUAAGAAGUGGAAAGGGGAAGAAAAGGAAAGAUGCAGACAGGGAAGAUGAAGACACUGAAGAGGCAAAAACCUUAAUUGUUGAACCUCAUGUUAUUCCGAAUAGGGGUCCUUAUCCUUACAAUCAACCCAAACGUAAUACAAUUCAGUUCACUCAUACACAGAUAGAGGCCAUCCGAGCUGGUAUGCAGCCCGGGCUAACUAUGGUUGUGGGCCCACCAGGUACUGGAAAAACAGAUGUGGCAGUCCAAAUCAUAUCCAACAUAUACCACAAUUUCCCAGAGCAGAGGACUCUGAUUGUUACUCAUUCCAAUCAGGCCCUGAACCAAUUGUUUGAGAAAAUCAUGGCUUUAGACAUUGACGAGCGCCACCUCCUACGUCUUGGUCAUGGAGAAGAAGAGCUGGAGACAGAGAAAGAUUUUAGCAGGUAUGGAAGAGUUAAUUAUGUCCUUGCUCGAAGAAUAGAACUUUUAGAAGAAGUCAAACGAUUGCAAAAGAGUCUAGGGGUUCCAGGAGAUGCCUCCUAUACUUGUGAAACAGCAGGCUAUUUCUUCUUAUAUCAGGUGAUGUCUCGUUGGGAGGAGUACAUCAGCAGAGUGAGAAGUAAGAGUGAUGCAUCGUCGGGUGUCGUGGAGAUCUCCACUCUCUUCCCAUUUCACGAAUACUUCGCAAAUGCCCCUCGACCCAUUUUUAAAGGUCGAUCUUAUGAAGAAGACAUGGAAAUUGCUGAGGGAUGUUUCAGGCAUAUUAAGAAAAUCUUUACUCAGCUUGAGGAAUUCAGAGCCUCAGAACUGCUUCGCAGUGGACUGGACAGAUCCAAAUACCUUUUGGUGAAAGAAGCCAAAAUCAUUGCUAUGACCUGCACGCAUGCUGCCUUAAAACGACAUGAUUUAGUCAAGCUAGGUUUCAAGUAUGACAACAUUUUAAUGGAAGAGGCUGCUCAGAUUCUGGAGAUAGAAACAUUUAUACCUCUUCUUCUACAGAAUCCUCAGGAUGGUUUUAGCCGACUGAAGCGCUGGAUUAUGAUUGGUGAUCAUCACCAGUUGCCUCCAGUCAUUAAGAACAUGGCCUUUCAGAAGUAUUCAAACAUGGAGCAAUCUCUCUUCACUCGCUUUGUCCGGGUCGGAGUUCCCACUGUGGACCUCGAUGCCCAGGGGAGAGCCAGAGCGAGCUUGUGUAACCUCUACAACUGGCGAUACAAGAAUCUAGGAAACUUACCCCACGUGCAGCUCUUGCCAGAGUUCAGAACAGCAAGCGCUGGCUUGCUCUAUGACUUCCAGCUCAUCAAUGUUGAAGACUUUCAGGGAGUGGGAGAGUCUGAACCUAAUCCUUAUUUUUAUCAGAAUCUUGGAGAGGCAGAAUAUGUAGUAGCACUUUUUAUGUACAUGUGUUUACUUGGUUACCCUGCUGACAAGAUCAGUAUUCUAACAACAUAUAAUGGGCAAAAGCAUCUUAUUCGUGACAUCAUCAAUAGACGAUGUGGGAGCAAUCCAUUGAUUGGAAGACCAAAUAAGGUCACAACUGUUGACAGAUUUCAAGGUCAGCAGAAUGAUUAUAUUCUUCUUUCUCUUGUACGAACCAGGGCAGUGGGCCAUCUAAGGGAUGUCCGUCGCUUAGUGGUGGCCAUGUCUAGAGCCAGACUUGGACUUUAUAUCUUUGCCAGAGUAUCCCUCUUCCAAAACUGUUUUGAACUAACUCCCGCCUUCAGUCAGCUCACGGCCCGCCCACUUCAUUUGCAUAUAAUUCCAACGGAACCUUUCCCGACCAAUAGGAAGAAUGGAGAGAGACCAUCUCAUGAAGUUCAGAUAAUAAAGAAUAUGCCCCAGAUGGCAAACUAUGUAUACAACAUGUACAUGCAUUUGAUACAGACCACACAUCAUUAUCAUCAGACUUUAUUACAGCUGCCACCUGCUAUGGUAGAAGAAGGUGAGGAAGUUCAAAGUCAGGAAACAGAAUUGGAAACAGAAGAAGAAGCCAAUCCUUGUCAAGCUGACAUACCCAGUCUUACAGACACCAGCUCCAGUCAAGAAUCCUUAGCCUCUCAGACCGAGACCAGCGACAGUCAGACUGAGAGCACCCCCAGCCAGCCGGGAGCCAGCCCCGGGGCAGAGGCCAUCCCUGCUCCGACUGCUGAGGCUGCUGGGGCCGCAGGACCUGCCUCUGAGCCAGCAGAGGCCGACGCACUCCCAAGUGCUGCUCCUGCCGCAGAAGAGACUGCACAGCCCAGCUGAAGCUUGUCUCAGGGAGGACAUUUUAUUCAUAAAGUCUAAGUAAAGCUACUUUUUGCAUUUUUUAUUUGUUUCUUCCAUUUUAAGGGUACUAAUCAAUGUUCAGUCCUUAUUUUUGUUAACUGAUUUCAAUGUUUGGCUUCUUGGAUAUAUUAAAGAAAUUUUAUGUGUCUGAAUAACUUGUUUCAUUUGUUCAAUCAGAAGGGCAAAUAACCAUUCCUUUGAUAUUUUUAUUAUUAACUGAAUGUGUCUAGUCAUACCUACAUUAAAAGAAUGUCCUAUAGAAUAUACAAGACAUGCUUUACAUUUUUAGUGAACUUUUCUAAGGAAAAGGACAGAAUACACUGGAAUUAACCAUAAAUGUCCUUAAGCAAGUAUCCAUAUUGGAGAGAGAGUAAUUUCUUUUGUCAUAGUAUCAGAUGCUCAAGUUGUGUUUCCUUUUUUCCUACGUUUCUUUGCUAUCUUCUUUGAUACAAAGACAUUAAUGGCCAUAGGAUAUAAGUUUCUCCAGUCCCUCAAAGAGGCUACAUGUAUUUCCUUCCCCAAAGUCUCUUAAUAUAUUAGAAUCACAUAGUGUAUGUGUUUAUUCUUGGGGCCACUCCAGACCUAAUUAGUCAGAGUCUCAGGGUUAGGGCCCAGGAAUCUAUUUUAACAGGUGUCUCUAUGCUUAAGUUGCUGUCAGAGUGGCAUCAGAUCAGGUUGUUGAGGCUGAGCCAGUAUUUGUCUUUCAUUUAAGGAAGAAGAAUCUGGCAAAUCUAUUUGGGCGGGAAGAAAGAUCCAGAAUCUGGCAGUGAGAGUCAGUGAAAUUUACCCCGUGUGCAGGAUAGAAUUCUCCCUACACAGAGUUUCUGGGUUUUCUGCCCUGUUAGUUCUCUUGGUAGAUAACCAGCCACAGGAUAACCUUAAGAUAAAAUGUGCUCCAGUUUUGGGAGAGGAAGAAAUUGGGAUCUUGCUACUGAAGCGUGGUUUGCAAACCAGGAAUAUCAGUCCCCACUGACACUUGUUAGAGAUGCAGAAGCUUGGUGUCCACCCCAGACCUGUGAAAUCCGAAUCUGCAUUCCAGCCAAAUCCCCGGGUGAUUUAUAUGCACUUUGUAGGUUGAGAAGCACUGUACUGAGAUUACUGUGUUGUCUUCACAUGAGUGAGAAGUAGAACGAUUCUGUGAUGGUAGAAUUAACAGUGGGCAUGACUGACAUUUUCUGACAAGGGGCUUUUGCUUAUAAAGUCCCUGGGCAUGGUGGCCAGAAAAGAGAUGAACAUAUAUGUGGGUAGAGAGAAAUUGUCUGCUAGUUCUCUCUUCCCUGUUUUGACAUCUGAAAGAGGGGCUGAGAGGGAGCAUUUCCCCAGAGGAUCCCCUCCAGUGCCUCUACCUGUAGGCGUGACCAUGUCCAAAGAACCGCUGAAGAAGUAAGAACUGCACACUGCCACUGACGUGCUUCUGGUACUGACAUUUUAAAGGUAUGCUGACUUCAUAAGGAAAUUAAGCCCACAAAGUCAAGCAUACCUUCAAAAUGUCAGUGGCGGAUGUGAAUUAGACUCUCAUCUUCCAAUGCGUCUUAUUGCAUCAGAGCAGGUGCAAAUGUUAGUGAGUAAGGGGAAGUGAGAGCAAGGGGUGGAUGAGAGGAGUGAAACGCCAAGGACCCUAGGAGACCUGGGUCCGUUUGUUACCAGAGUCAGGAUGAAGCCAGAUAGUCUGUUACAUAAUUUCCCUGACUUUAAGAAUGUGAAAGCAGGUGUUGUGGGCAUCUUUGUGAGGAAUAGUACUCAGAAUUAUUUUCAUUUGUGAAUAUAUUGUAUCAGGCAAAAGCAAGAGGGAAAGAAGCUUUAAUGUUAUUACGGACUUACCUAGAAAAGAUUGAUUUUUCUCUCUACCCUUUUAGAGAUGAAUCUGUGUUACCUGCAACCAUAUCAAGCAAACUGUUGGGCUCAUUAAGCCAUUUUCCAAACUAUGUAUCACUCUGUGUAGAUGAUGACUGGACUUUUUUCUUUCCUGCUUCAUUUUCUAUCACAUUACAAAGAAAAUUUAACCAGAUGGUGAGUAAGCCCUUUGCCUUUGUCAUAGAAAUUAAAAAGGGAUGAUAGUGGUGGGAUUUGAAUUCCUUUAAAUUGUUCAUGGGAAAGGCCAGAGAGUCACAGUUGACUAUAGAAUCAUGGGAUUUUUCAAGGAAGUUAAGAGAUUUACUUUUAAAUAAUAAGGACAUUAAGGGUAAUGCUAAUAACCUGGGUGUCAACUGUGGAAGAGUGAGGUAGAAUCCAAGUUUACAUUCCUUGGGCAGUGUUUAUUUUUUAUUUUGUUCAAUCAAGCACACAUGAGUGACAGCCUCAUAAAUUCAAGAGAUUUCUUUUCAAUUUGGGUUUCUACAAACACAGGUACUCUAGCCUCUAGCCUUGUGACCAUUUCAGAUUAGUGUUCCCAUUGCUCUCCAUCCUGUUUUAUUUUUCCUCCAUGUCUGAAUCUGUCAUGAUUUUGGAAUCUAUUUUUAAAAGCAGAACCAAAAAGAUGCAUGCAAAGAGAAUGAGCCUGAAAUGAAGCAUUCAAGUAUUUAGACUUUUUUGACAAAAUGCUGAGUUAAGAAAGCUCAUUACCAGCAGUUGAGAAUAAAUAGCUCCAGUGAAUGAGAUGAUCUAAACAUUUUCAGGUCUCUUGAAGUUAAUGUGAUGAUAAAAGUUGAGAUGUUUUGUUAGAAACUGAGAGAAAUGGCAUAAAUAGGCCAUUUGUACUCCUAUAUAAAAUGAGGUUUUUUAUGAUCUGAAGACAGUGUGAUACUGUAAACCAGAGUUUGAGCUCACCCGGACCAGGCUCAACUUUCAUCUGAUUUGCUCAUCAGCAUUAGGUCUGACCUUGGAUAAGUUUUAUUUAUACUACAAAACAGGGAAAAUACCUGUUUUUUAAUGAGGCAAUGUUUAUGAAGAUAUCUGGCACCAAGUACUCAAUCAUACCAGUGCCUCUCCCUUUUUCUCCAAAUCUUUGAGACAAUGUAGGAUAUUGCCAACCUAUCCUCCGACUUGGUACUUGGCUCUGCCCCUCUCCAGGGAGCAUGUAGGAUGAUGAGGAAAGGGACACAUGGUGUAGAAUCCUCCACUAAGAAUCAACCUUAUUGAAGAUAGAAAGUUAGCAUAAGUAUAGCCAUCUUAAAAGCUUAGACUCCAUUUUCUAACCUAGAAGGAAGAAAAUAGGAAAAUAUUAGAACCUUGAAAAACAAGUUAGUCAGCCAGCGUUGAUUGCAGUGACCUUUAGUUAGCCAACCUCAAUCAGUUAAUCAUACAUACCAAGCUUACCUUACUAAGAACCACCCUAACAUUCCGAGGGUGAUCUUAUCUCACUAGACCCCCAGGAUGUGGCGUCAGCCAAAAUGUAUGUGUUUUUUUUUGGAAAAACAAUGUGAUGUGUUUGUGGAAAAAUACUGCCCUUUUUGAAAAUGCUAUAAAAACCUCUGACUCUAAGUGCUCGGGGUCCUUGU